AUGCCGCGUUAUGCAGAAUUGCCCUCCCAUAUUGAAGCAGGUGAAGAUCAGCAAUUACCCAAAAGUGGAAGAUGCUUUACUUUCAAUCAAAGGAAAGAGGAAGACUCUUUAUCACAGACAGAUACCCUUCUAGAAUCCACACAACUUCAAAGAAAAGAAGCUAUACUAUCACCGGAAAAUUCAAUGUUGAAGAUACUGCACAAUUCGGAGACAGAGAACGAUGAUCAUGCGUUUGCUAUGAGAAGAGCAACCUCAUCUUCUUGGCAGCCUUUUUUUGAAGCUGGCUUUUCUCCAAGACCACCGGAGAUCUCCACAUUCCCAUUUCCAUUUUGUAUGGGAGAGUCAGAUUAUGUCAUUGUGGAUAAAGAUGUACUAUCAAGUACACAUGAAGGAUCAAAUGUUGAUACUUCUUUGGAAAUCGUAUCAAAUCGAGCUGAUAGGGUCAAUGGUGGCUCAAAUGCAGAGUCGAUACUCUCCAGCUCUCCAGACAUGACUGACACGUCAGCAUCACCGGACAGUUUUAGGGGCAUGAGCACAUUUCCUGAAACCCUGGAUACUGGACUUUCGCAAACGGAAGAAUUUGAGCAGAUAUCUAUUCCCAGCACGUCUGACGAAGAAACAAUUGAAACAGAGCAGCUUUCAUCAAUGAUUCCCUCAUUUAUUAUGCCAAGAGUCUCUGUUAUAUCUUUGGACAGCUCAAAAACUUCAGAUAUGGGUGGCGGUCCUGUCAACAUACAGAUAGUGGGAAGAGGUGGCAAUAUUUUAAUGCACAGGCUGUGCACGUACAAGAAGACACUAGGAAAUGUGGCAUUCCAGCUGGAGGCCAAGCCAAUCCCAAGUAUUAUUCUUUGGGUUGUGGAUUCUGCAAAUUGCGUUCUUCCACAGGUGGAAAAACGACCGGUAGUUCCAAUCUGGGUGAAUGGUGGAGGGAAAAACUUCCCCAUCUUGGAUAUUUGCACUACGCAGUACUUUGUGUGCCGGCCAUUUAAAAUGAAGUCUCUAAACGAUGAUCUAAUGACGUUGAUCGACUUCUUGAGCUGUUUAGGAAAAGACAAUGCACACAUAGAUAGCUUACUAUACGAAGGAAGAAUUGGUUCUUCAAUUCCGCUCAAAGGUGUCAAUUUAGUGUUAAUUGACGGUGCAAAAGAGACGGGCCGAAAGUUGAGUAAUUCACGUCUGUUUCGAGGCUCGAAAACCAAAUACAGUGGCAAAAACAGAAUAAGAAAGUUGAAUGGUCAAAAGUGCAGACAGCAGAAAUUGAAGGUGCGUUUUUUUGUUGGAUUUUCGUUUGGAAUCGUGUCUAUUGCUCUGGUUAUGAUCUGGAAAGGCCUAGGUGUUGCCCAAGAACGAUUAGAUGCUGCUGAACUUGUCCAGAUGCAAUCUCCAAGAUAUAAACAGCUUCCAAUUUAUGUUUCAGAAAUGAACAGAGCAUUGUCUGCAAAGUACAGUCGAUAUCUUUCUGAAAUUAACGGUCAGCCUUCGCUUUCUUGGCAGAGAUACGUGACAGAUUGGGAUAACUUUCUAUACUUGAAGCUGGAUAAUCUUGCAGAUGAGUUUGACGAGUUGAGUCAUGCUGUGGCUUUUAGAGGCAUGCAGAUAUUUCAACGAAUGAAGCUUUUUGUGGAAAACAUCAUGGGUGUUCUUGAUUGA